AUCCUCACAUAUAUCUCAGUAUGUUCAAAAACAAUCUCAGUAUAUAUAAGCCAUGUAUGUAUGUAGAAGUUUCAGGGUCUUGUUAAGUCCACGUCGCCUUUUGGGUCUCUCCGUCGUCUUUUCUACAUACGGCCUACCUCCAUUUUCUUCCCACAAACCAGAAAUUCCUCUUCAAUUAUUACAGUCAAAGAGAGAGAGAAACCAUGAAUUCAGUUAUUACCGGUAAUUUCAGACCCCCGUUUUUCCCGAGUCAACUCAGUAAAAACUCGGCACGAUUCUUGUUCAGACCCUUCACCACACUCGUCUUCACAAGAAGUUUAACCGCUAAAGUUCGUGCCUUCGUUGAAACCAAGCCAACGGCACCGAUUGCGGUGGAGAAAGAGGAGAGCGGCGGCGGCGGCGGCAGCUGUGGUUUAGCUUGUCCCAUUUGUUAUAACCCAUUAACGGUGAUUAGUGAUUCCCCUAUAUACGUGGGAUCAACAGUUGGGUCUAAUUUGCAAUGUAAUACAUGCAAAAAGACUUACUCUGGUACCCAAACGCAUCUUGACCUUGUUGCCUCAAGUGGGUCUAAGCAAUACGAUGAAUCCAUGCCGCUAGCCACCGAACUCUUCAGGACUCCAGUGGUGUCCUUUCUCUACGAGAGAGGCUGGCGUCAAAAUUUUGUAUUUGGCGGCUUUCCAGGUCCAGAGAAAGAGUUUGAUAUGGCAAAGAAUUACCUAAAGCGAGUGCUAGGUGGAAAGAUCGUUGAUGCUAGUUGUGGCAGCGGGAUGUUCACCAGGCUUUUCGCCAAGAGUGGAUUAUUUUCGCAGGUUAUUGCUUUGGACUACUCAGAAAACAUGCUGCAACAAUGCUAUGAAGAGGAAAACUUCCCCAAAGAGAAAGUGACCUUGGUCCGAGCUGAUAUCUCUCGACUUCCUUUUGAGUCAAGUUCAAUCGAUGCUGUGCAUGCUGGUGCUGCUUUGCACUGUUGGCCUUCACCAUCAACCGCUGUAGCUGAAAUAAGUCGAGUUCUUCGACCAGGCGGUGUUUUUGUCGCUACCACCUACAUAGUUGAUGGGCCGUUUACGUUUCUGCCAUUUGUGAAUGCUUUCCGACAGAAUAUGAUGGGAAUUGCUGGUAGCUAUUUCGCCGUUUCGGAACGAGAACUCGAAGAUCUGUGCCGAACUUGUGGACUAGUUGGUUUUACAUGCAUGAGAAACGGACCGUUUGUGAUGAUAUCUGCUAGAAAACGCAGCAGUUAAGCAAAUCUCAAUGAUUUUACAAACUAAACAGUGUAUAGUCUACAGAGGGUUUUUUCUUUUGAUUCAAGUUUAUGGUUCUGGUGGGCUUUUUAUUGUAGAUAAUGUGCAUUAUGAAGGAUGAGAGAUCAUUUUUAUCUUUAA